CGGACCCAGACCGGACCCGGACCAACCGCCGCCAGCGCCGCCCCCGGCCCGCCUCGGGACCCCCCGGACAGCGACCGUUACGAGGCCGCGCGCGCACCGCCGUCGCCAUGAACGACGCGAUGAGCGACUGUCCAGCGGGGCUGAGCCUCAGGAAGUUGGCUGCCAUCACCCAGAAGCUGAGCAGCGACCCCCUGUUCUCCCUGGCCCAGAACGUGGGGAGCACCCACGACCUGCUGGACGUCUGUCUGCGGCGCUCCACGGUGCAGGACACGCAGCAUGUCUUUCAGCACGCCGUGCCUCAGGAAGGCAAGCCUGUCACCAACCAGAAGAAUUCAGGGAGAUGCUGGAUCUUUUCGUGUCUGAACGUUAUGAGACUUCCUUUUAUGAAAAAGUUCAACAUUGAAGAAUUCGAGUUCAGUCAGUCGUAUCUGUUUUUCUGGGACAAGGUUGAACGCUGUUAUUUCUUUUUGAAUGCUUUCGUUGAAACAGCCGAGGAACCAGAGGAUGGAAGGCUGGUGCAGUACUUACUUACUAAUCCUGCAAAUGAUGGUGGACAAUGGGAUAUGCUAGUCAAUAUCAUUGAAAAAUAUGGGGUUGUUCCUAAGAAGUGCUUCCCUGAGUCUCAUACAACGGAGGCAACUAGAAGAAUGAAUGACAUUCUGAAUCACAAGAUGAGAGAGUAUUGUAUACGACUUCGAAACUUGGUAAAAAGUGGAGCAACAGAAGAAGAUAUCUCUGUCACCCAGGACACCAUGAUGGAAGAGGUCUUCCGAGUGGUCAGCAUCUGCUUGGGCACCCCACCAGACAAAUUUACCUGGGAGUAUCGAGACAAGGAUAAGACUUAUCAUAAGAUUGGACCCAUCUCACCCUUGGAGUUCUACAGGGAACACGUCAAGCCUGUCUUCAACGUGCAGGACAAGAUUUGUCUAGUGAAUGACCCUCGCAGUCAGCAUAAGUACAACAGGCUAUACACCGUGGAGUACUUGAGCAAUAUGGUUGGUGGCAGAAAAACCUUGUACAACAACCAGCCCGUUGACUUCUUGAAGAAGAUGGUGGCAGCCUCCAUUAAAGAAGGAGAGGCCGUGUGGUUCGGCUGUGAUGUGGGAAAACACUUCAACGGGAAGCUGGGCAUCAGCGACAUGCAGAUCUAUGACCAUGAGCUGGUGUUUGGCGUGUCCUUGAAGAACAUGAACAAAGCAGAGAGGCUGACUUUUGGUGAAUCCCUGAUGACCCACGCCAUGACCUUCACGGCCGUCACGGAGGAUGCUAAUGAGGGAACAUAUGAAAAAUGGAGAGUGGAGAAUUCCUGGGGUGAAGACCACGGCCACAAAGGCUACCUGUGCAUGACAGACCAGUGGUUCUCCGAGUACGUGUACGAGGUGGUCGUGGACAAGAAGCACGUGCCGGAGGAUGUGCUCGCCGUGCUGAAGCAGGAGCCCAUCGUGCUUCCGGCCUGGGACCCCAUGGGGGCUUUGGCCAAAUGACUCCCACGAUGUCCAGUUCUCACUUCCUCGAGCGUGACCGGAAGUCCUGGGGACUGAAGCCAAAGUGGAGGAAGUGACGGGGAUGUUGCCAGGCCUAGUCAGACUCCUGGGCUGCUGAGCCCCUCGCUCCUGGAGCCUUUUGGGGAACUGUGUUUUAGGCUGUACUGUGGCAUCCAAACACUCUCAUUUCAGACAGGCUACUCUUUAAAAACGAAAAGACCAGGUCAUACUGUUUCCUCAACCCCAGUCACUCGGGCUCUGCCUGAUUCAGAGGGAGGGGGGAGGGGGGAAAUCUCUUAGUAUUUUAAUCAAACUGAAAGAAUUGAGCUCCGUAGAGCAGAGAAAGACCUUUAGGACGUAGGGGGUGGAGAAGGUUGGGCUGCUUUUCCCCAUGGCCCGUGGUUCUCAGGUUUCAGAAGGAAAAUGUCACCAUAAGAUUUAAGCCCACAGAGCUGCAUGCUGCUUGACCAGUGACGGACACUCUGCCACUCUGGUUGCUGACUUUCACCUUUUCCAUUGUAGCUUUAUCUGCCUCUACCAGCAUGGGAUGGGGAUGGGGACAGGAGGGCGCUGAGUUCUUGCUUCCCGUGGCUUGGAGUUACAAGGGUGAGGGGACGGGAGAGGACACGCUCUCACCUGCUAAAAUCCCAUGCAAUUUGGGGCUCGGGAGGUUGAGGUGAGACAGUAACCAAAAUCAUAUCAUGACCUGAAUUAAAAAAAAAACUAGGGGACUCUCUAGCCAAAUGGUG